UUCUUGAAGCGAUGAUGAAGUUUGCAAAAGAGAUGAUAUCAUCUACAACAUCCGAUCCAAAUCUAGAUAUUCCGGUGCUCAUAAAAGGCUACGUAAAAUUUUUAAGGGAGCAAUCGGUGCACUUGAUGGGACAUUAGUACAUGCCAUUGUUCCCGCUAAUCAACAAAUUGUUUACAGAGGAAGAGGAAAGGGUAAAUGUUAUCAGAAUGUAUUAGGUAUAUGUGAUUUUAACAUGGUCUUCACUUAUGUUUAUGCUGGAUGGGAAGGAGUAGCGCGUGAUGCACGAGUUCUUACAGAGAUUGUAUCUAAUCCAGAAAAUGGCUUUCCAUUUCCUCCUUCUAAUAAGUACUAUCUAUGUGAUGCGGCAUAUCCAAACACUCGAGGAUUUCUAGCACCGUACCGUAAUGUUCGAUAUUGGUUAGGAGAUUAUCAGCGUAGGAGGGCCAUAAAUAAGGAGGAAAAGUUUAAUCAUGCUCAUGCACAACUCAGAAAUGUUAUUGAACGUGCUUAUGGAGUUCUAAAAGCAAGAUUUCCGAUAUUGGAUAAGAUGCCUCCAUAUUCUAUUGAUGUCCAGAGAGAUGUUGUUGUUGCAUGUUUUGCAGUUCAUAAUUUUAUCAGGAAGGAGCGUAUAAAUGAUGAACUGUUUAAUCAAUACGAUUCACCUCAAUUAAUAUUUGACGAGGAAGAAGGAGAACAGAAGAAGUGUUAG